ACCACGGCUAGCCGGUCGUGAGUGUAAGCGGGCGGUGCGGUUAUAUUUUAUUUUCACGGGCCCAAGGGGUCCCCGGCCGGCGGCGAAGGGAAGGCCUAAGACGGUCGGUGUCGGGGGUGUCCGGUGUGGUGCGUGGAUUCUGGAGAAAACAGCCGUGUUGGUAUAGUGGUGAAUUUUGAAGCGGCGGCGGCCCACCAUGCACCGACGGCGUCUCAUCGACCAGCAGCCUGCGAGACGACGGUGACCUGCCAUCUCGGUCUAGUGCGGCCGUAGAACGGAGCGAUGCUGUUGCAGCUGCUGUUGGUGGCCACUGCGGUGCUGCCCCUCGUCCUGAGCCAGGACUCGUCCCUGGCUGCGCUGGGCCCUUCGGCCGUGGUGCUGGAGGGCUCGAGCAGCUCGUACGCGCAGCUUCGACGCUGGCAGGCCGGCCCGCAGGCCACGCUCAGCCUCGACUUCCAGACGCAGGAGCCCAGUGGGCUGCUGCUCUACGCUGACGACGGCGGACACGGAGACUUCGUCGAACUCAAGCUCGUCGAGGGAACGCUCAGGCUGCGGCUGAGCCUUGGCUACGGCAGCGGACGGUCGGUGUCGGAAGAGCCCUUCCUCCUCAGCGCGGGCCGAAACCUGCACGACGGAGCAUGGCAUCGUGCUGAGCUGGUGCGCAACGGGGCCGAGACGCGGCUACGCGUGGACGACCAGAGCGACGGCGGCGUGGUGCAGGGUGCCGGCGACCUGCACAUGGGCAACGAGUCGAGCAACAGUUUCGUGUACGUGGGCGGCGUGCCUUCGUGGUACGGAGCCAAGCUGGCCGCCCUCUCGUUGCCCACCGUGUUCUUCGAGCCGAGGCUGCGCGGUGCGGUGCGCAACGUGGUCUACGCCUCCGAGCACGGACGGCCGCCAAAGAGGCAGGAGCCCAUCGGUUUCAAGGGAGUACGGCUGCGCAGCGACGAGCCCUGCGAACAGCGCGACCCGUGUCAACACGGUGGAAGCUGCAUCAGCACAGAUACGGGCGCCGUGUGCGACUGUCGGGGCCUGGACUACGACGGGUCCUUCUGCGACCAAGAAAAGCAGCCCUCGGAGGCCACGUUUCGGGGACACGAGUUCCUGUCGCUGGACUCGAGUCGCGCCCCCGUGAUCAGCGGCUCGGACCAGGUGACGCUGCUGUUCAAGACGCGCCAGUCGAGCGCCCUGCUGUGGCACAGCGGCCGAGGCGGGGACUUCAUGCAACUGUCGCUGCGCGACGGGGGACUCCUGCUCUCGGUCGUGCUGGGCGCCGGAGCGCUUGAGAAGAGCGUGCGGCCCGCCAGGGUGCGCUUCGAUGACAACCAGUGGCACCGCGUGGUGGUACAUCGCAAAGUGCGCCACAUGACCAAGACCACCAGCUUCUACCACCUGUCCAUCACGGCCGACGGUGUGUACACCGAGAGGGGUUCGACGGCGGGUGCCUUCUCCUUCCUGGCGAGCAGCGCCCUCUACGUGGGCGGUUCUGACGUCCCACUACCGGGACCAAAGAGGCCCAACUUCGUCGGAUGCCUCCGAAAGGUCGAGCUGGUGGCCGACAGCUUGCAGCUGGACCUGGUCGACCUGGCACGCUCGGGCAACCGGCUGGUCCAGGCACGAGGCAACAUACACUUCGUGUGCCAGGAGGUGGACGCCGCCGACCCGGUCACCUUCACCACGAGGGACUCGUUCCUGGCUCUGCCCGGCUGGGAGGAGCCGCGCACGGCGGGCGCCCUGUCGGUGCGACUUCGCACCGUGGAACCGGACGGACUGUUGCUGUACGCCAGCGGCGCACAGGGGGACCUCAUCGCCCUGGAGCUGCUCGAGGGCCGCCUGCACUUUGUACUCGACCUCGGGUCGGGACCCGUCAAGGUGCGCACCGAGCGUCGCCUGGACGACGGCCACUGGCACCAGCUGCAAGUGGCGCGCACGGGCCGCGCGGGUACGCUCACUGUGGACGAGACCGUCUCCGAAUUCGUCGCACCAGGCAACUCCAAGCAGCUGGACGUGGAAGGUCCGCUCUUCGUGGGCGGCGUCGGCACCACGGCACGCGACGACACGCCGCUGCCACCGGCCCUCUGGUCGGGCUCCCUGAGGCUCGGCUUCGUGGGCUGCCUGCGAGACCUUGUGGUGGGAGGCGCCGCCGUCGACCUGGCCUCGUACGCGCAGCGCCAGGACUCCGGCGCCGUGCGAGCCUCGUGUCACCGGUCCGCGGGCCCUCCGCCCUGUGCCUCCCAACCGUGCCUGCACGGCGGCCGCUGCGUUGAGGGAUGGAAUCGGUUCGUCUGCGACUGCGACCACACGCCAUUCACGGGACCCGUCUGCGCCAAGGAGGCCACCAGCGUGCGCUUCAACGGCGAGCAGUACGCCCGCGUGCAGCUGUCUCGACCGCUUCGGUCGGAGGCCGAGCGCCUGCGGCUUCGCUUCCGCUCGGCCCGGGGUCAGGGCCUGCUGCUGGCUGCGGCCGCCGACGCGCACGCCACCCUGCACACGGCCCUGGUGCUGGCGCUGGAGAACGCGAGGCUCAAGGUCGCCUACAACCUCGGCGACGGAAACAAGAUAUUCUACGUGGGUCAGGCGCUGGACGACGACCGCUGGCACAGCGUCCAGCUGGACCGCAGGGGGCAUCGCGUCCAGCUCAAGCUGGAUUCGGACACCACCACCGGAGAGAUCCGCGGCGAGCACGCUGCCCUCGAGGUGCGGACGGUGCACGUGGGCGGAGUGACGCGCGAGGGGCCGCACUUCCCGGCUCGAGAUUUGCCGGGAUUCGUGGGCCACAUGCAACAGCUGCAACUCAACGGGCAGCCCCUGUUCGAAAUGGCCCGACAAGGACACAUACCGAGUCUGCAGAUGACAGCCCAGCUGGGACCCCAGGGCGAGCCCUCGCAGCUGCAUCAGCCAGUGACCUUCCGGUCUCGGCUGGCGUUCGUGGGUCUUCCGCAGCUGAAGGCCUACUCGUCCAUGCACCUGCACUUCCAGUUCAAGACCCUCGAGCCCUCCGGCCUGCUUCUCUACAACGCCGGCAAGGGACAGGACUUCGUGGCCGUCGAGCUGGUUGACGGCCACUUGCACUACCAGUUCAACCUCGGAGACGGACCACGCAAGGUGCGGUCUAACACGGCACGCCCUCUGAACGACAACCGGUGGCACGCGGUGACGCUGGGCCGCAGCUCUCUGCGCCAGCACAGCCUGGUGGUGGACGACCGCGUGGCCACGGUGAGCAGCCCGGGCGCCAACGUGCACCUGGACCUGGAGGGGCUACUCUACCUGGGAGGAGUGCGCCGGGGCGGCUACUCGGCGCUGCCUAAGACUCUGGCGUCGCGCACGGGCUUUCUUGGCUGCCUUGCUUCGCUCGACCUGAAUGGCGAGGCCCUGCACCCCCUGGACGACGCGCUGCUUCCGAGCCCGCUCGUCUCCCGAGGAUGCCACGCCACAUGGGCCCCGUGCGGCGACACGGCGUGCAGCAACGGAGGCGUGUGCACGCCCGGCUGGAACGAGCAGCAGUCGUGCGACUGUGACGCAACUUCCUUCAGUGGACCCACGUGUUCGGACGAGAGCAUCGCGUACAAGUUCGGUCCCCGACCUGGCCUGGUACGCUUCACGCCGAGCGGAGGACCGCGAGCGGCGUCUCGCGCCGACCUCCUCGCCCUGGCGUUCCUGAGCACGGCCGACGACGCCGUGCUGGUGCACGUGUCCGGACCCGAUCAGCACUUCCUUCUACUGCACAUCGAGGGCGGCAAGCUCCUGGUGACGUACAGUGCGGGCAACGCGGGAGACCUGACGGCCAGCGAUCCCGGGCUGCGAGUGAACGACGGCCGCUACCACGUGGCCCGCGUGCGACGGGAUGGCGCCAACGUCACGCUCACCGUCGACGACCGGAUGGCGCACGCGAGAAGCAUCAAAGGUCGUGCCCCGGGCGUACUGUCCCGCUACUGGUCGGUGGAGGCCGGCGGCUUCCGCAGCAGUCACCAGCAGGGUGGCGCCGACAGCGACGCCGUGCAGCGUCCCUUCGAGGGCGUCAUGGCGGGCCUGGUCUUCGACGGCGUGCGCCUGCUGGACCUGGCCGCCGAGAACGAGCCCCGGGUUCGAAUCCAGGGGGACGUCCAGUUACUCCUCUCCAUCCCGUACGAGCCGCCUAAAGGGUCGCCACGCAUGCAGCAGCAACCGCGAGCCUCUCCCGGAUCCUACGAAGGCGACGACCUGGUGUUCUCGGAAGGCUCCGGCUGCUUCGACAGCGACGACGACGAUUGCGGAGCGGAUGGCUUUGGCUCCGGAGACGACCUCAUCACUGCCGUGUACGUGCAGCCGACCGCCAGGCCAGCACCCUCGCCGCCACCGGUGGUCGUCACUCACGGCGAUUGCGACGACGAGGACUGCCUCGACGGCAGCUCCGGAUCGGCGCCCGAUGGUGACGAAGACGACGACAGCGGCGACGGGGCGUCGCCCACGCCGCCAGACCAGGGCUUCUCGAGCAGCUCGACGACUCCGAGCACGACGGCCGCUUCCGCGCCCACGGCGACGCCCUCGACGUCCACCACUACACGACGUCGCCAGCACGAGUGGAGCAUCGUGCGCACCUUCACGGUGACGCGCGCCCCAUGGCAACCUCGCAGCACUCAGGGCGCACCUCCAGCUGUCAUCAGCGUGCCCAUCCCGGAGCUGACCGUGCCCGACCAGGAGAGGGCGCGACCGGCGCCCAAGCUCAAGAGCUCGGCGGACAGCACAGCCUUGGUGAUCGGCGUCAUCGCCGGCAUCCUCAUCAGCAUCGUGAUCGUGGCGCUACUCGUGUACCAGUUCCGAAGCCGGCCUGCGGGUGCCUACAAGGUCGAGCAGGCCGGGGCGGCCGCGGUCGCGACCGGAGGCGCCUCGAAGGGAGCCGGGGCGCAGCAGGGCGAGGCCUACCAACCCGUGGCCACGGCGCAGCAACUCAAUGGCGCCGUCCAGCCCAAGGCCGGAAAUGGCGCCAAGAGAAAGAAGGACCUGCGAGAGUGGUACGUCUGAACCACCAAGACCUCAAGAGGACCUCCACAGGCCCCACCCCCCAACAAGCGACGAGAGUAUACGUCUUUCAAAAAAACACCGGGGCAGGGCCGCCCCGCGGCCCCGCCCACAUCUCCCCAAACUUCUUCUAAGUGUCGCGUGGCUACAAGAAGCUUUGGCCCCGCCCUGCAGCCAAGGAGAAGAAACUCCAGCGCUCGUGACGUCAUCGCGGUGACGUCACCGCUACCGCAGCAGGCCCCCCGCCAUUGCCGUACAAAAUAGACUCGCGCAGCAGGAGGAUCGCAUAUCAGUUUGGACAAUGUCCUCCAUUUUGGUUCUGCCCCGCGCAAGAAGAGGCCUCGGUGCACGUCUUCGACUAUACUUCCUUUGUUGCUGUUUUUUAUGUGUGUGUGUUUGUUUUUAUUUCCUCGGUGACGAAAGGUGCGGACCGACCUCCCGUGCUUUGUGAUGACCUCACUAUAGGUGGACAAAGUGUUAAUCGUGCCGCGAUCGAGGCAGCAGCGAGCGACACCAGCAAUAAUUCUAUAG